GUUUGGAGCACCGGUCAUCGAGCAAGCGGAACCGGAGAGACAGCAGCAGCAAUUGCCGCCGUUGCAACCACCUGUCAUCAAGAGGCCUCCAUCGGUAUUGGAGCAAGAUCGUGAAAGGGAACGAGAACGUGAGCGGGUCCGAGAACUGGAAAGGGAACGCGAAAAGGAGCGUGAAAAGCAGCAUGAAAAAGAGCGUGAAAAAGAGCGUGAAAAGGAGCGUGAAAAGGAGCGUGAAAGGGAACUUGAAAUGGAACGUGAAAUGGAACGUGAAAUGGAACGUGAAAAGGAACGGCAACGCGAAAGGGAACGAGAGCGUGAACUGGACAGGGAGCGGCAACGUGAGCGCGAACGGGAACGACUCAAUAACCUGGAGCGAGUUCCGGUGAACGAGCUCGAGGAGCUGGAGAAGUUUGCACCCCGCAGGAUACUGGCCGAACCCGAUACCGAACUGCUCGAAGUUAACGGAGGACCAGAAGCGAUGGCGGAGGAUCACGACAGUGACCGUGAUUCGCGUUCGCCGACUCCCCAACCGGUAGUUUUGCGGGAGAAGAAUAAGCCAAAACUAGACAUCAUCGAGAGCUUGCGUAGCAUCGAAACCGUAACGUCGGAUGAAUCGAUGCUGGAAAUUGUUACGAAUGGACCGGAAUCGUCACCGUUCAGUAGCCGGGCGCAAAACAGCCCGAGGAGUGCGCGAAGCAGCCCAAGGCUGGAGUCCAUCAUCGAGUCGGAUAUCGAGGAUCUAGACCUGCCAAACAGUGGUGACAUUACGACGAUGGUUCCGCGACCCGGGAACGAUCCGCUGGACGAGCCUCAUGUCAGCACGCCCGUCGAUCACCUGGUGUACUCCCCGCUCAAUUGCCAGCUAUGCAAAGAAACGUUCUCCACACCGACCGACUGGGUGCAACAUGUCUACGGCCAUUGCAAUGAUGAUCCGUUACGAGCAAAGCGAAGGCGAUUAUCGAUGAAUAAUAGCUGUUCUUCUUUCUCUCGGGUGGAAUCAUUGCAGAGGCACGAUCCGAAGGCUAUUGACUCGGCGCUUCGGUGCGACAUGUGUUCGUCGUAUUUCAUGGAUACAAACGAUUGGCUGGGGCACGUCGUUGUCGCCCACGAGGACUGCAUGAACGAUUGCCUAAUGUCGCUACCGUUUAACACGUUCGAGGGAAAAGUGAACUUUCCUACGAUUUGAGUCUAAAGCUGUGCGAAGAGCCAACCGCGCACGUAUGGCGUCAGCUUGAUCUACUGUAGAUUUACGCUAGGUUUACUUGCUAGUAUAUGUAUCGUAUCUGUGCCGCGGAA